CUUUUCCAGGAAAACUCACUAUCAAAGUUGUUUACAAACAAAGAACCUUCCAUCGAAAAUCUACAAGAAGCUAAGUGUGAAAGAUGUCGAUCAACUCUCUAAUUGUGCUGGUUGGGUUGACAGCAGUGUUCUGGACAGGAGUGUCUUGCCUAUCUUUCCCGUCUUUCCCAAUGCAGAGGAACAGCCCUUGGCAUCGCUGCCCCGAGAGCUAUGGGUUAGUUUUAAAUGACUUCGUUUUGAGAAGAGAUAACGUGGAGGCUGAGGAGAUUGACUGGCAGAAAGGUGCUUACACUGCAGACGGUCCUGUUGAGGUCAAGGUUGCCAAUGUUAAGACCAUGGACGCCGAGGUGACCAUUGAACUCAAGAUAAGAUCCAAGACUUUCGGGACAACAUUUACCAGGGAGUUGGACUGUGGACCAGGAAUGCGUUUCUGUGAACGCAAAAACAUGGAUUGUCAUGACAUGAAUGACAUGUUUGGUGUGAAAGGCCAAGGCAUGUGUGAUGCCAAUUCCAGAUUUAGAAACGGACGAUUUGACAGCCAAUUUAAACUUCCUGAAGGCUUAGAAAAUAUUUCAGGCACCGUGUCAUCRCUGUUGAAUACUCUAAGUGCAGAUCAGAUUGAAGUCGAACUGCACGUGACCGCCGAAUUCUUCAAUUCCGAGACUGGAGAAAGAACCGGCUGUCUGGACAUUGUCCUUGGAGUCCACCUUAAAAAUAAUCAGAACGGAGGGGAAGACAACUCGAAUCCGCUUUCUUCGGUUACAUCACUUUUGUCUCUUUAAGAGGCUGUAAGCGAGAAAUUAAAGGCGCACUAAGCUAAAUUUGAAUUCACAUUUUUUCAUCACUAUUGACAAAAACGGAAUGAAAAAUGCAGAUAUGAAACCUUUGAAAAAGUAUGGCUACAUGUUACUAAACUCAUUAAUGUCAUCAUUAGUAAUCAUAGAAGAAUCUUUUCAAAACUUACUUUUUCACAAGUUUCUAACAUGUCAUUAAAAUUCGGGGAUGUUUUAGAUAUUAUAAUUAGUUAUGUYAUAGGUUAUUUUAU